AUGAAAUAGAAGAUGUACCUCAAUUACAUCGAGCCUCACUUGGCUCAAAACCAACUGUCUCAAUCAGACAACGCACACCAAGAAAAUUCCAUGGAACACAUUGUUCAACUUCACAUGCUGGCACCUUUUGGCUUCAAAGGAAUAACCACAUCUAUAAAAGAAAAAAGAUGAGCGAAAAUUGGACCCUACCACAAUUAUUGCCAAAGCUGCAGAAUACCAUUUCCUAUCACCAUCUACCUCAGCAGUUCGCCAAUGACGGUAAACGGGUUGAUCUCUAUAAAUCAAUGCAUGGACAUACAACCUCAAUCCCAACAUUAUUACAUGCCAACAACAUUCGAUAGGAAGCAGCUUCAUCUGUUGUAAUCAAGAAAAUGUCUUCUCCCAGCAUUUGGAGCUCCAUUUUUGUUCUUCUAAUUACAGUAGUGUACAAGGUUGUGGGGAGGGGACCUAUUGAUCCCACCAAAGGGUUCAUCUCUCAGCAUCUGAACCGUUCAAAUCUCGUGAUCCAACGGCCAUACGACGUGCCCGAAGAUGAGAGGUACAGCUUCAAGAGAGGGGUUCACAAACUGUGGAUUUUCAAGACAGAUAAACCUCACACUCCCACCUCUAAAACCAAUCCUCGUACUGAGAUUCGUGUUCGGGGAAACGACUACUCCUCUGGAGUGUGGCAAUUCGAAGCAUACAUGUAUGUGCCAUAUGGCACUUCCGGUGUAUGCAUUAUGCAGGUUUUCGGGUCCAGCCCACACGCCACGACCCUAAUGCUCAGAGUGUACAACGGGACACUGUCGUACUAUCGAGCGCCUGUCAUCGUACCAAACAUAUAUGGGAGAUGGUUGAAGUUGAAUGUGGUUCAUGAUGUUGAGGGAAGGAGAGUGGAAGUGUACAUUGAUGGAGUGCUGAAAUAUGAAGCAACUGGUAGAGGUGGACCUGAGGGAACCUCUCAUUACUUCAAGUGUGGGGUUUAUGCUCAGAAUGAUGCUUCUUACUAUAUGGAAUCACGUUGGAAGAAGAUUAGGGUUCUUAAGAAAUGUCAAUAAUGAUAUAUAAGUAACAUUUCUUUCUUGUAUGAAUGCUUAGGGUUAUUGUAGUUGAAUGAUCAUUGCAGCAACAAUAUUUCUUGCAUAUGUGGAAUCUUGAGUGAUGCUCUCUUGUUCCUCACCUUUUGUUGAUUAUGCAUGCAUGGUCCCAGGGGGUGAGAUGUUUGUGUUACAAAUUGGUGUUAUCGUUAGCAAAGCUCUAGGUUUAUAUGUAGCAAGCAUUAAUUUAUGCAGCUUGAUGCAUGUCAUGAC